AUGAUGGGGAAUAUCCAGGUAUGCUAUGCGUUCAUCCUGCGUACCAUCAAAAGGUUCAAGGAUGACAAUGGUACUAUCCACAAUGAUCAAGGUCAAAGACAUAGAGUCAGUAGUGUGAAUGCAUCUGGUAGAAAGUUACAAGCAGUGGGUCGACACAAAUAUAUCUAUGUGAUUGGAACAGUAUUAAUAGUGGAUUUAUUAAGGAGCACCACUGCGUUGAUUUUUAAGGUGUUCAUUGGUGUUCACUCUGUCUGCCAACCAUUAUGCUAUUUCCGAAUGACUGAAUUUCGCCGGCUAGCCUGCUGCAUAACUCGCAUUCCUUGGAGUAACUCUAGAAGUUGUUCGGUGCUUAAUAAAAGCUUCGCCACUGAAAAAGUACCUUCUUUCCAGCAAACACACGAUCUAUGA